AUGUCUUCCUCACCGGCAUCACAACCCCCCUCGUCAUACACACAAAUGCCCGAGCACGACCUCGACGCGAUCGGGCGAAACUGCCAGUACGAAUUCUGCCGCCAGCUCGACUUUCUCCCGUUCCGGUGCGAAUCGUGCCGGGGGACGUUCUGCCUGGAACAUCGGACCGAGACGGCGCACAACUGCAGCCAUGCGGGGGAGUGGGCAAGACGGAGAAGGGAGAACAAUACUGGCGGCAGCAAUGCUUCAGAUGGGAUAGGGAAGACGACGAAACCCACUGUGUACAACUCGGACCAGUGCGCGCAUCUCACGUGCAAGACGCUCAUCAACACCUCCAAGAGCCCUGCCGUGCACUGCGACAGAUGCAACCGGCAGUACUGUCUGCAGCAUCGACUGCGAGAGGAGCACGACUGCGCGAAGCUGACGCCGCUGGGGGCGCGACCAGCAGGAGGAGGGCAAGGGCCAACAGCCAACGAGACAAUCCGAUCGAUGUUCUCCAAGGUCCGAACAUGGGGCAAGGACAAGACGACGAUAAGCCUACCCGCGGGUUUAAAGCAGACAAGCAGCAGCAGCAGCCGGACGACGACAGGAAGCGCAAUCAGCCAACUCAACGAGCUCAAACGCACCGCCAAAGGCGACGCCUCCAUCCCCCAAGAGCGACGACUACACCUGCACGUCGUCGGAUGCUCCGACAACCCCAACGCGCGCGAACCGCCCUCGGGGAACUUCUUCUUCGACACACGGUGGAAAGUCGGCCGGGUGCUGGACGACGCGGCACGACGCCUGAAGGUCGAGAACGUGAACAACCGCAGCGACGACGAGGAGGCGCGGCUGCGCAUCUUUCACAUCGAGUCGGGCCAGUUCCUUGAGUUUUCGGCCGUGAUCGGCGAGACGAAUGUAAAGCCGGGGCAUACGAUUGUGUUGUUAAGGGGGGCGGGUGUUUUACUACAGAAUAAUAAAUAA